AGUAGCCCCUCGGACGUCCUAAGCCCGCCGAGACAGCGAGGGUUUAGGGUUUUGCGGCCCACCUGUAGGCGAUAACAUGCGGCCUCCAAGGGGUAGAGACGGCGGCCGCGGCGGCCGGUUUGGCGGCCGGUUUGGCGGCCGCGGAGGCGGAGGAGGCCGUGGUGGCUUUCGUGACGAAGGUCCUCCACCUGAAGUCGUAGAGGUUUCUUUGUUCCUUCACGCUUGUGAGGGAGACGCGGUCGCGAAGCUUACAAAUGAGAAGGUACCUUACUUCAAUGCGCCGAUAUAUCUGCAGAACAAGACCCAGAUCGGGAAGGUGGAUGAAAUAUUUGGGCCCAUCAAUGAAUCCUACUUCUCGAUUAAGAUGAUGGAGGGCAUCAUAGCCUCUUCGUAUUCUCCUGGAGACAAGUUUUACAUUGAUCCCGCCAAGCUUUUGCCACUUUCACGGUUCCUACCACAGCCAAAGGGCCAGGCUCAAGCAGGAACAAGAGGUGGGGGCCGCGGGGGUGGACGAGGUGGUGGCCGCGGGGGUGGACGAGGCGGAGGUUUCCGUGGCAGAGGUGGUCCAAGGGGUGGCCGGGGGGGUUUUCCAAGAGGUCGGCGUGGUGGUGGCUUCAGGGGCCGAGGAAGAUCAUAAUGCAAACCAUAUGCUUUAUAAUCUGUUUCCCUACAAAAUCCUUUUUUGCAAUCAAGCUCAGGGGAAUUUGCUUAAGGUCAGGAGAGUCUCAAGAAAGCUAGUUUGGCUUUUAGGGUAUGAAUUCGAAAGUCAUUCUUGAGCACAUUGAAUAUUUAGGAACAACUGUAAUGACAUGCUUCGGAUAUGCAGGGGACACUGAUUAUUGAACUUCUGUUAGUAUAUCAAUUUGGAACGAUUUAGCAAUGAAUGUGAUUGCAUUUUUCGCUUAUAAAUUGAAUUUUAUAGGAC